AGGGAGGGGGUGAAAAUGGCGCCCAGCUCGAAAUCGGAGCGGAACAGCGGGGCCGGGAGCGGCGGCGGCGGCCCCGGGGGUGCCGGGGGAAAACGGGCAGCGGGUCGACGGCGUGAGCACGUCCUCAAGCAGCUGGAGCGGGUCAAGAUCAGUGGGCAGCUGUCCCCACGUCUCUUCCGGAAGUUGCCGCCCAGGGUCUGCGUCUCCCUAAAGAACAUUGUGGAUGAGGACUUCCUCUAUGCAGGACAUAUCUUCCUGGGUUUUUCCAAAUGUGGCCGCUACGUCCUUUCCUACACCAGCAGCAGCGGGGAUGAUGACUUCUCCUUCUACAUCUACCACCUGUACUGGUGGGAAUUCAACGUCCACAGCAAGCUCAAGCUGGUGCGGCAGGUGCGGCUAUUCCAGGAUGAGGAGAUUUACAGCGACCUGUACCUGACCGUGUGCGAGUGGCCCAGUGAUGCCUCCAAGGUCAUCGUCUUUGGCUUCAACACUCGCUCAGCCAAUGGGAUGCUCAUGAAUAUGAUGAUGAUGAGUGAUGAGAACCACCGCGACAUCUACAUCAGCACCGUGGCUGUACCACCCCCAGGCCGCUGUGCCGCCUGCCGAGAUGCUAGCCGGGCCCAUCCAGGCGACCCAAGUGCCCAGUGUCUGCGGCACGGCUUCAUGCUGCACACCAAGUACCAGGUGGUUUACCCCUUCCCCACCUUCCAGCCCGCCUUCCAGCUCAAGAAGGACCAGGUGGUGUUGCUCAACACCAGCUACUCCCUGGUGGCCUGCGCCGUCUCUGUCCACUCGGCAGGCGAUGGUGGCUUCUGCCAAAUCCUGUAUGACCACACAGCCUCACCCCUGGCCCCACCCAGUCUUUCUGGGCCUCAGAGCCCAGAGGUGCCCCCAGCCCUCCUCAGCUUCUCCCCUGAGGCUGCCCCAGCCCUGCCCUCUGGGACCCCUGAGCCCUCGCCUGCCAUCGCCAAAGCCAAGGAGUUUGUGGCUGACAUCUUCCGUAGGGCCAAAGAGGCCAAGGGUGGGACCUCUGAGGAAGCCCGGCCACCCCUUUGCCCAGGAACCUCAGGCAGCCGUUGCUGCCCGCCUGCCGAAGCCCUAUCCCCUGGUGGGGAGGCAGUGCCCCGGGAUAGCCCCCCUGCUGAAGAGGCACCUGCCCCGGAGCCUGGCUAUGUCAACUACACCAAGCUGCAUUACGUGCUUGAGUCAGCAGAGGGGACUGAGCCAGAGGAUGAGUUUGAGGAUGAUAAGAUCUCCCUGCCUUUCGUGGUGACUGAUCUCCGGGGCCGCAACCUUCGGCCCAUGCGAGAGCGGACAGCUGUCCAGGGUCAGUACCUGACAGUGGAGCAGCUCACGCUGGACUUCGAGUAUGUCAUCAAUGAGGUCAUCCGCCAUGACGCCACUUGGGGCCACCAGUUUUGCUCCUUUAGUGACUAUGAUAUCGUCAUCCUGGAGGUGUGCCCAGAAACUAACCAGGUCCUCAUCAACAUUGGCCUGCUGCUGCUGGCCUUCCCAUCCCCCACCGAAGAGGGCCAGCUUCGACCAAAGACCUAUCAUACCAGCCUCAAGGUGGCAUGGGACCUCAACACAGGCAUCUUCGUGACAGUUAGCGUGGGUGACCUCACUGAAGUCAAAGGGCAGACCAGUGGCAGCGUUUGGAGCUCAUACCGCAAGAGCUGCGUAGACAUGGUGAUGAAGUGGUUGGUACCUGAGAGCAGUGGCCGAUACGUCAACAGGAUGACCAAUGAGGCACUGCACAAAGGGUGCUCAUUGAAGGUCCUGGCGGACAGUGAGCGAUACACAUGGAUCGUGCUGUGAGGGCCCUGCUGCCCAGGACACUGACUCCAACUACCUCCGCGGUCUGGGAGCUGUCUGCUGCCUGGGCUGGCCUCUUCCCGGCCUCGGGCCAGCCAACUGAAGACCAGCACUAGUGUUAGGCUGCGGGGGAUGGG